UUUUCCGAGCAGCAGGCCCUGCUCGCUGGCUGUCAAAACAGCUAACCGCUUUGAUCCUUUCAACGGCGUCACCCACACGCGCCAGGUCUCUCACGAGAAGCCUGCUGCCGGUGACCUCGCGUUGCAGUCACGAUUCACACUACCCUUGCCGCCCCGCCCCACACUUCCCGUCAUUCCUCAUCAGUGUAUUUGAUUAACAUCAAAUGAUGUCCUGGCAGUUGCUGACAUCAUUUGAUGUUGCUGAGGUUUUGUUAAAGGACAUUCAGAUCCUUGUAGGGACGUGUUUAGUCGUGACAUCAGAAUGUGCACAUAUUACCAAGAUAGGCUACCUGUUGAGGCUGUCCAGUUGGAGCACGCCGUUGACCAGGCAAAUACCGGGGUUGCCCUCGGCAGUUCCUCAGUUCCCAAAAGAGCGAGCGGUGUAGCCUACCUGGGACGCCAAAUGGACUGAUGAAGCAUGAGACAACGCGGAACACGGCCCGCGAUUAUUCACAAAUACCCAAAGAUGGGCAGAAAAUGGAAUCCGUGGGAAAAUGGAGAAAUAUUCUAUAGCACAUACGUUGGAUAAGAAGUUGAGUCCCAUGAAGAACGACAGGACAGGAAUGAUUGGAAAACAUCUUCAAGGCACCUUCAAGUUUCACGAUUAUUUACGAUCGGCGUUUCCUUCAGAAUGUGCUGCAGCUGUGUGCUGACAUGGAACCCUGUACAGAAGACAAUGAACAGACACAGUUAAACGAAGGUUCCUGUCCAGACCUGAUGAUGAGUAGGAACGAGCAGCUGGAAGCCCGGCGGGUCGCCAUGGCGCUGACCCCCCAGCUCCCCCCCCGGAUGCACCGGCCCCUCUGCCUGUCCAUCUCCUCCGACAGCAACGGCCGCUUCAAAGCCCUGGAGACGCAGGAGUGGAAGAACAACCUGAAAGCUCAGAUGGAGCAGGCCCACAGCGCCGGGGCAGCCAGCAGCACCGGGUCCCUGGAGCGCGCCUCCCUCUUCUGCGCCUCCGUCGGCUCCACCCCCGCCUCCAGCUCGGGGGGCCUCCCCAGCCCCGUGGAGCCCCUCACCAAGAGCCGCUCCUCCAGCCGCUUCGCCCUCUUCUCGCCCCCCUGGAACAGCAGCUCCGAGUCCGACUCCAACCCGCCGUCCCGCUCCGGCUCCAAGAAGCUGCGCAAGUACACCCGCCGGGGCGGGGCCGGGGGCGGGGCCUCCGCCAAGGGGGAGGAGCCUCCGGACGCCAAGCCGGCGCCGCAGGCCGAGCACUUCCACUACGCGGAGCCCUUCAUCUCCAAGGUGACGGACUACAUCUACGUGGGCAACCUGAACGCGGCGUACAGCGGGCGCACGCUGUGCCGCAACAACAUCGACAGCAUCGUGGACAUGAGCAGCCUGCCGGGCGAGAGCGGCCUGCGGCUGAUCCCCUGCACCUGCUCGCGCGGCGCCCGCCACACCUGGUCCCGCCUGAAGGUGGACAUCGGCGACCUGUCGGACUCCGGGCAGCGCUGCUUCCAGGACAUCAACGAGUGCAUCGACGCGUCGGCGGGCAAGCGGAAGCGCGUGCUGGUGCACUGCCGCGACGGCCACUCGCUGGCGCCCACCUGCGUCAUCCAGUACCUGAUGGUGCGGCAGAACAUGCGGCUGCUGGCGGCCUACGAGCUGCUGCGCUCCCGCUACCCGCUCAACAUCGAGGAGGGCCACCAGGACGUGCUGGUCGGCCUGGAGAGGGCGCUGCGGCCCGGCGCCGACGUGGACCCCGAGUGCUUCAAGGUGGCCAUCUCCCGCAGGGUGGCCUGGACCUAGUCCUUACACAAACCCCCACCUCUCCCCCUUACUGUAGCCCCCUGGGCCCACGGUGUGCAGUGCUCUCAUUUUAGUUUUUUUUUUCCACCAGGAAAAACUGGAGGCUUGCUGUAUUUUUAUUUUGUUUUUUUUUUUUAAGUUCUUGUCGAGUACAUGCUUGCAGGUUUGUCUCCGGUCCUGGAGGGCUGUGGUGGCUGAUUUCUGUUCUCAGUGUGUUUCGGUGCAGCGGUGUCUGCUUGUUACUGUCCACUGCAAACACUUGGUCUUCAGGGCAGAAAUUGGCUGCUGGAAACCUCCAGGACUGGAGCUAAACCUGCAGGCACAGCGCCCCCUCCAGGACUGGAGUUAAACCUGCAGACACUGCGGCCCUCCAGGACUGGAGUUAAACCUGCAGGC